AGACGACCCAGAAAAGAGCACUUUUUGAAUAAUUCAGUUUCUUUAGUUCUAUUUUUUACCGAAAAGAGGUUGUUGUUGUAUCUAAACUUUGGUUGGAUUGAAAAUUCAUUCAAUAACGAAGUUUUAGAUCGUUCAGUCCACCUGUGCAUACAUUAUCGGGACCAUGAAUGUAUGCUUCAAGCUGGUGAUAGUUUCACUCAGUCUGUUGAUUGCCCGAGUAGCCAGUAAUUGUAAUACAAGCAUCGCAUCACAUAAUCCUGGGACUUUCUGGAGGCAUCCUGAUAACUGUUUGAUACACCGUUGCAAUGAAGAUGGCACAGUCACCAGUUACAAGAAAAAUUGUCCAAAAAUUCAGUGCUCAUCUACGAAACUGCAGGUGAGAGACUGUUGCCCGUACUGCGAUGAUGAUGGUAAUCACGACAUUCCUGACAAUGGGGACCGAUCCAAUGGUUACAAAACUCAUGCUUGCAAACGGGAAUGCAAAAGUGGCGAAACAAUGGUAUGCAAAUACACUUUUGAAAUUAGUCAAUUCGAAGCAGCCAGUACUGCAUGCGGUGAUUGUCCAUUCAAUUUGACGGACUGUGAUCGGAAAAACUGCAUAAUAGCAGAUGGAGUCCCACGGUUGAUAAUACCUGUCGAACGAAGUAUGCCUGGACCAACAAUUCACGUCUGCAAGGGUGAUACGAUAGUAGUGGACAUCGAGAAUCAUUUGGUAACUCAACCGUUUACAAUGCAUUGGCACGGUAUCCUUCAGACCUUUACUCAGUACAUGGACGGUAUUCCACAUAUUACUCAGUGCCCCAUCUCACCGGGGAACAUCUUUCGCUACACUUUCCCUGCUUACGAGGAGGGAACAUUUUUCUAUCAUCCUCACGUCGGAACUCAAGUUGUGAACGGCUGUUUAGGUGGCUUGAUUAUCAGACUACCGGAUUCAGAGAAUCCUCACAGAAAACUGUACGACUUUGAUCUUUACGAACAUUUCAUUGCUCUCCAGGAUUGGUCACAUUUAUAUGGAGAAGACCAUUACGCAAAAGCAAUCUUUGGAAGCGCUGUUCCAUUACCAGACAGUAUCCUCAUAAACGGUCGUGGACCCAUCUUUUCACAGAUUCAGUUACUUGGCGUGAGAGGAAACGUGAAUGUGACCAAAGUAAUGCAAAUUCCAUUUGCAGAGUUUACGGUCGAAAAAGGAUACAAAUAUAGAUUUCGUAUACUUAAUGGUGCCUCUUACAGUUGUCCUUUGUCUUUGUCUAUUGACAACCACACAAUGACAAUCAUUAGCACAGAUGGUGCGGAUGUGGAGCCUGUUGAAGUGGACCAGAUGGUCACCAAUGACGCGGAACGGUAUGACAUUAUGUUGAAUGCCAAUCAAGUUGUUGCCAACUACUGGAUUCGUGUUAAGGGAAUUGAUGAUUGCGAGCCUAUGAUGCUGCAACAACUGGCGAUAUUACGAUAUAAAGGUUCACCCCCUAUAAACCCAAAGCAACCCAAGGAUUAUGAAUAUCCGCAGAUAAACGGUACACGAUUCGGAAAUGUAAUGGAUCCUGAAGGCACCAUCAUCAAAGUGUCAGACUUACGUUCUUUAGGUCCACUGGAAGAAGGCAUUGAUACUGACAGUCCGGAUUACAAGUAUUAUGUUGAUAUUGCGACGAGUACUCUCUUCAAUCCAAUACUGUCGCCAUAUCCAGACAAUAGGCCAGUACUAAACGCGCAGAUGAAUAAUAUUUCGGUAAUUUUGCCUCCGGGAAGUCUACUAACUCGACCAAAUGUUCCUGAAGAUAUUUCCACAAUAUGCAAUGAGACAACACAUGGCAACAAGAACUGUUCCGAGGAAUUAUGCAGAUGUGUACAUAUAAUCAACGUUAGGCGGAAUGCCAUAUUGGAAGUUAUCAUGUAUAAUACAGGGUUUGAUAAUAGACGUUUUCAACACCCAAUGCAUUAUCAUGGAUAUACUUUUCGCAUUGUUGCAAUGGAGAAAACUUCACGUAUAACAAAGGAACAGCUGAUGGAAAUGGACUGGAGAGGUGAGAUCAAGCGAAAUUUCAAUAUGCCGACCCGUAAGGAUACUGUUAUUGUAUAUGCACCAGGAUACACAAUUUGGCGAAUAAACACCACAAAUCCUGGAAUUUGGCUCCUACAUUGCCAUCAGCAAUUCCAUUUGACAAUGGGAAUGGGCGUCCUUAUUAAAGUAGGAGAAUAUUCUGAUUUACCACCUAUUCCGGCGGGAGUACCAGUUUGUAAGGAUCACCUGCCAGUAUAA